GGAGAGUUAGAGACCAUCCAGGAUACACAUUCAGCUCUCGAGUCAAUGACUUCACCAUGAUCCUGUUCACUGUGGACUCAGAUCCUACAGAUCCAGCUGUUCGUUAACUUUUUCAAGGAAAACCAGGACAUCCAGAAGCUCCUUCAGACUUUUAGACAAAGACAUGUGGUUCUCAAUAUCAAGGCUAAACAGCAGAGGGAUAGUUUGGAGACCAUGCUUCAGACUGUGGAUAAAAUGAGCCUGUCUGAAAAGAGCAUGGGCAAACCACACUGUUAUACAGCUAUAACCUUGCUACAUGCACAAAUGGAGAAAGUCUUACAACAAGAGAAAAUCAUUAAGAGGCAACAAGAUGAAGCUAAGAAAUUGAAGAUGAACAUGAUCACUGGUGGUGAAGGUGGAGAACAGGACUCAGACUGCCUCAGGAUUGUGCUGAUUGGGAAGACCGGCUGUGGAAAGAGCUCUACAGGAAACACCAUUUUAGGAAGAGACGAGUUUACAGCUGCAUCAAGUCAAAUAUCAGUUACACAACGAUGUCAGAAAGUACACGGUGAGGUGAGCGGUCGUCCUGUUGUUGUGGUCGACACUCCUGGUCUGUUUGACACAAGUUUGUCCAAUGAAGAAAUUCAAGAGGAGAUGGUGAAAUGUGUCAGUCUCCUGGCUCCAGGACCGCAUGUCUUCUUGGUGGUGAUACAGGUCGGCAGAUUCACAGCAGAGGAGAAGGAGACACUGAAGCUCAUCAAGAAAUUCUUUAGGAAGGAUUCAGAAAAGUUCACCAUUGUUCUUUUAACCAGAGGUGAUGAACUGGAGCGUCAGGGAGAGUCUGUUGAUGAUUACAUCAAGAACAAAUGUCACAGUUCCUUUAAGAAGCUGAUCUCUGACUGUGGAGGAAGAUACCAUGUGUUCAAUAACUCUGAGAAACAAAACCGCACACAAGUCAGUGAGCUGAUAGCAAAGAUUGACACCAUGGUGAAAGACAAUGGAGGAAGCUUCUACACCAAUGAGAUGCUGCAAGAGGCUGAAGUACGCGAUACAGAGAAGGAAAUGAGAGCAUUCUAA